UGUCCUACGUCACUCUAUGUUGACGUGUUGCUCUGGGUUAGAGCUAACGCUCAGCUAGCUAACAGCGGUGUGCAGAAAGGUGAGGUGAAGCAGCACUGACAGCUGCCUCCUGUUUGUGGAACUAUGGCGGCUGACUGGGAGGAGAUCCGCCGGCUGGCCGCUGACUUCCAGCGGGCUCAGUUCGCAGACACCGUGCAGAGGCUGUCGGAGAGGAACUGCAUAGAAAUCAUCACUAAGCUGGUUCAGGACAAGAAGCUGGAUGUGGUUCAUACUUUGGAUGGGAAGGAGUACAUCACUCCAGCCCAGAUCAGCAGGGAGAUCCGGGACGAGCUGUACGUCCAUGGAGGAAGAAUCAACAUCGUGGAUCUCCAGCAGAUCCUCAAUGUGGAUUGGGUCCAUGUGGAAAACAGAGCGAGCGACAUUGCAAAGUCAGAUAAAGGAGUCCAGCUGGUCCUGGGACAGCUGAUCGAUGACGCGUACCUGGACCGCCUGGCUGAGGAGGUGAACGACAAACUGCAGGAGGCCGGUCUGAUCAGCAUCGCAGAGCUGUGUAAAACCUACGACCUCCCAGGAGACUUCCUUACUGAGGAGCUGUUAAAGCGGCAGGGAAAGCUCAUCCAGGGAGAGAUGGACCAGUACAACAGAGGCAUCAUCUUCACCACAGCUUUCGUCGCUCGUCACAAAGCCAGGAUCAGAGGCCUGUUCAGUGCCAUCACCAGACCGACGCCCGUCAGCAGCAUGAUCGCAGCGUUUGGAUUCCAGGAGAACCUGCUGUAUACCGUGUUGGAGGAGCUGGUGAACAGCGGCCGCCUGAAGGGAAGCGUGGUGGGGGGGCGCCAGGACAAGGCGGUGUACAUCCCAGACAUCUACUCCAGAACGCAGAACGCCUGGGUGGACUCCUUCCUUCAGCAGAACGGCUACUUAGAGUUCGACGCGCUGCUCCGGCUCGGCAUCCCCGACCCUUCCAGCUACAUCAAGAAACGCUUCAAGGCCAACAAGCUGCUGUUCCUGCGGGCGGCCUGCGUGGGUCAGGCUCUGGUCGACCAGGUGGAGGCCUCCGUGGAGGAAGCUGUUAACUCCGCCACCUGGACUGACCUCCAGUCGCUCCUGCCCAGCUGUCUGUCCACGGAGGACGUCGGGAUGCUCAUCAACCAGGCCAUGAGGAACGCCAAUGUCCAGUCCCAAGCCAGAGUGCUGGGCGGCACCGUGGUGGUCAGCGAGAAGUUCAUCACUAACUGCCAGGCGUUAUUUGAGGACGCCAUGCAGAAGAAGGCGCAGAAGGAGGUGAAGAGCAAUCCGGUGUUCCUGAUAACCGAGGAGGACCUGAAGCAGGCGUCCGUCAUGACUGAGAGCUCCGCUCCGUCCAAGAAGGAGAAGAGGGAGGCGGAGCGCAGGAAGAAGGCUGCAGAGGGCAGCGGCAGCAUCAAAGCCGGGGGAGGGGGCAACGCCAGGGAGAUCCGCAUUCGGAAAACCAAGAAGAAGACGAGGAGAGACGAGGACAGCGACGAGGAGAGCGGAGCGUCACAGCAAAAUCGCAGCAAACAGAGCGAGGCUCCCUUUAUGGCGCAGGAGGAGAUAGCUGCUGUUAUAGAGGAGAGAGUGACGGACUGCCCUGAAGAAAUCCUCUCUGAGCUGGCAGAGCAGUUAGUGAGGCCUCUGAGCAAAGCGUACCAGGAGGUGCUGCGCUCCGUCUUCCAGUCCUCCAGCAGCUCGCCUUCAGGCGCCGGCAAGAAGAAAAGCAUGAAGGACCUGCAGGAGGAGAUCACCAACCUGUACAACAACAUCCGGCUGUUUGAAAAAGGCACCAAGCUCUUCUCAGAUGAAACCCAGGUCCAGAUCACCAAGCACCUGCUGAGGACCGUGUGCACCGAUGUCACCAACAUCCUGGUGAACUUCCUGGCCGCUGACCUGAUGAUGUCGGUGGACAAUCCCAGCACCAUCACCAACGAGGUCAGAGUGAAGAUUCUGGGCAAACUGUCAGAGGAGACCAGAGGACCUUUGAUGAAGCUGCACAACAGUCUGAACGGCAAAACUAUCGAAGACUUUCUGACUAACCUGGAAACCUGUGCAGAGGUCUGUGGGUUCAUGCUAAAGAAAGGAGACAAGAAAAGGGAAAGGCAGGCUCAGUUCCUGCACCGCCAGGCUCUCACAGAGCAGCUGAAGGAUGCAGAGGAUCCCGCUCUGGUUCUCCACCUGACCAGCGUUCUGCUGUUCCAGGCCAGCACCCACUGCAUGCUGCACGCUCCGGGCCGCUGCGUCCCUCAGAUCAUCGGCACACUCACGGGCCGCAUCCCCACGGAACAGCAGCAGCUGCUGUCGGCCUACCAGAGCCUGGUGGUGAAGCAGCUGGUGAGUCAGAGUCAGGGCAGGAAGCAGGAAGAAGCGGAAGGCGACGAGGCCUUGGAGCAGGAUGAGGAGUUCAGGAACGUCCGCAUGCAGCUGCAGGCCCUGACCCCCCAGGUGAAGGAGCUGGUGCUGUCCCAGAGGAAGACGUCAGUCAACGAGGACUGAAUGGCUGAGCUGCUAACCGUUGGUCCUGAUAUGAUUCCAAUCAUCAUUUAUACAUUAAGUUAUUAAAUGAAUUCCUGUGUGGGAUGUUUGUUAAAAACCUGCUAACACAGAGGUCCUCAUUGAGGUUCUGAUUUUCCUACAUCGAUUAAACCGCUUCUUUUAACCUCACCUGAGC